GUUGUCAGGAUGGCGAACUUCAAGGGCCACGCGCUCCCAGGCAGUUUCUUCCUGCUCUUUGGGCUCUGGUGGUCUGUGAAAUACCCGCUGCAGCAUCUUAGCCAGAAAGUAAAGAAGAAAUCGCACAGGAUUUAUUGUUUCCAGCGUGUGGAUGCCAUCGAAGGGGGAAUCAAAAUCAUCUUUGCUCUCAUAGGGAUGCUGGCAGAGCAGUUCGUCCCGGACGGUCCACACUUGUACCUCUACAGCGGGGAGAACCGCGACUGGGUGAAGCUGAUGAACUGGCAGCACACCACCAUGUACCUCUUCUACGGCCUCUCCGGGGUGGUGGACGUCUUCACCUACGUCUCCCAGGUGGUGCCACGGGGUCUGGAUCGCCUCAUGCUGUCCGUGGCUGUGUUCGUUGAAGGUUGUCUCUUUUAUUACCACGUCCUUCACCGCCCAAUGCUGGAUCAGCAUAUCCACUCCCUGCUGCUCAUCGCCAUCUUUUCCGGGGCCUGCAGCACCAUGCUGGAGGUCUUCCUCCGCGACAACAUCGUCCUGGAGAUGUUCAGAGCCGGUGUCACCAUCAUCCAGGGAACGUGGUUCUGGCAGAUCGGGGUCGUGCUGUUCCAGCCGUGGGGAGGUCCGAUGUGGGAUGAGCAGGACCACAGCAACAUCAUGUUCCUCACCAUGUGCUUCUGCUGGCACUGGGCAGCCGCUGUCACCGUCCUGGCUCUAAACUACAAUCUAGCUUACUCCUGCAUCCAGAGGUGCAGGAGAGGCAGCGGGGAACCCUACAUCAGCCUGGGAAUCCGGCAGCAGAAGGGUGACACGAGCUCCCAAGCCGCCUUCUUAAAUGGAUCUGACGAAGAGUGA